UUUAGAAUUGAAUAUUUUUUUGGCAUAAAGAAAAUUAUAGAAUAAAUAAUAUACAUCAUACUUUUUAAUCUAAUUGCCAUUAUAUUUAUAUUAUAGAGGUCCAAGUAGGUACAAGUUUGAAUACAAUGGAAGAUGUUAAGGAUGUUUUUUUCAGUCCACUGCCUGAUUCCCCUUACGUAAAACCAUUUAGGUUUAAUUACACUCAGAACGGCAUGAAAAAGACUUGGGACAUCCUAGAGGUUCACGAUAGUGUGGUAAUUAUAGUAUUUAAUGUUACAAGAAGGGUUAUGAUAUUCGUCAAGCAAUUUCGACCAGCUAUUUACUAUAACUGUAUAAAACCUGAAGAUAGACAGGCAGACUUUAUAGACACAAAUAAGUAUCCAGCAUCAUUGGGUGUUGCGUUAGAGAUGUGUGCGGGUAUCAUAGACAAGAAUAAGUCGAUAGAUGAGAUUGCAAGAGAGGAAGUGCUGGAAGAGUGUGGAUAUAAUGUUGAGCUCAAAGAUUUGCAUAAAGUUACUUCAUACAGGUCUGGUGUUGGUGUGCAGGGAGCUCUCCAAACACUAUACUAUUGUGAAGUGACUGAUGAUAUGAAAACAGAACAAGGUGGUGGUGUGGACGAUGAAAUAAUAGAAGUGGUAGAGAAAACAAUCCCCGAAAUAGAGGCCAUGGUCAACUCGCCGGGACCACUGACCAGCCCGCCAGCUUGUCUCUUUUCUUUAAUGUGGUUCCUACGUAAUAAAGCGGACAAGUACAGAAAGUAGGUGCAUAAUACGGUAAUAGAUAAUAAUAGAUGAUUCCUAACGACCUGUUAAGACCAGCCAAUCUAUUCUAGUGACUAAUUUCUAUCCAAUAACAUUGGAUUGCACAUAGCAUGUGCCUUUUUAUAC